GCGGGACUGCGGUGGGCAUUCUGGCACUGGGGGGAACUGACUUGGUGUCACUGACAUCCCCAGAGAAAAAAAGUAAUAAAAAGCACUAAUACUGUACUAAUAGCACUGGGCAGGAAGGGGUUAACAUGAGGGGCGAUCAAAGGGUUAACUGCUGUGAGCUGUGUUUUCACUGUAAGCACACUGGUUUGUAUGACUCUGCUAUGCAGAGCCAUACAAAGCAGUGUGCAGGAGCUGACAGGGUAGAGAUCUGUAUUGUUUAAACACAGGUCUCUCCCCCCGUUGGAAAUACUC